CUGUCCAUCACGGGCGGCCGUGGGGGCCCCCCGUCCUCCUCGCUGCGCGCCCGGCGAGACGGGGGGCGGGGCCCGGACGGAGCUGCUGCGCCUGCGUCGUGGGCGUUCUCGGGGAGCAGCUGCCUCCGCCGCCGCCGCCGCCGCCGCCGCCGCGUUCGGGUGUAGAACCUGGAAUCCCCGCGCCUCGUGAACAAUGAAGCAGAGUUCGAACGUGCCCGCCUUCCUCAGCAAGCUGUGGACGCUGGUGGAGGAGGCCCACACCAACGAGUUCAUCACCUGGAGCCAGAAUGGUCAAAGUUUUCUGGUUUUGGAUGAACAAAGGUUUGCAAAAGAAAUACUUCCCAAAUACUUCAAGCACAAUAACAUGGCAAGCUUUGUGAGGCAACUGAAUAUGUAUGGUUUCCGUAAAGUAGUACAUAUUGACUCUGGAAUUGUAAAGCAGGAACGAGAUGGUCCUGUUGAAUUUCAGCAUCCUUACUUCAAACAAGGCCAGGAUGACUUGUUGGAGAACAUUAAAAGGAAGGUUUCAUCUUCAAAACCAGAAGAAAGUAAAAUUCGUCAGGAAGAUUUAACAAAAAUUAUAAGUAGUGCUCAGAAGGUUCAAAUAAAACAAGAGACUAUUGAGUCCAGGCUUUCUGAGUUAAAAAGUGAGAAUGAGUCCCUUUGGAAGGAGGUGUCAGAAUUACGAGCAAAACAUGCACAACAGCAACAAGUUAUUCGAAAGAUUGUCCAGUUUAUUGUUACAUUGGUUCAGAAUAACCAGCUUGUGAGUUUAAAACGUAAAAGGCCUUUACUUCUGAACACUAAUGGAGCCCAAAAGAAGAAUCUGUUUCAGCACAUAGUCAAAGAACCAGCUGAUAAUCACCAUCAUAAAGUUCCACACAGUAGGACUGAAGGUUUAAAACCAAGGGAGCGGAUUUCAGAUGACAUCAUUAUUUAUGAUGUUACUGACGAUAAUGCAGAUGAAGAAAAUAUCCCAGUUAUUCCAGAAACUAAUGAAGAUAUUAUAUCUGAUCCCUCCAACUGUAGCCAGUACCCUGAUAUUGUCAUUGUUGAAGAUGACAAUGAAGAUGAAUAUGCACCAGUCAUUCAGAGUGGAGAUCAGAAUGAGCCAGCCAGAGAAUCCCUAAGUUCAGGCAGUGAUGGCACAAGUCCUCUCAUGUCUAGUGCCAUCCAGCUAAAUGGCUCCUCCAGUCUGACUGCAGAUGAUCCUGUUACCAUGAUGGAUUCCAUUUUAAAUGAUAACAUCAAUCUUUUGGGAAAGGUUGAGCUGUUGGAUUAUCUUGACAGUAUUGAUUGCAGUUUAGAGGACUUUCAAGCCAUGCUGUCUGGAAGACAGUUUAGCAUAGACCCAGAUCUCCUGGUUGAUUCGGAGAAUAAAGGAUUAGAAACUACCAAGGGUAAUGUAGUUCAGCCAGUUUCAGAAGAGGGAAGAAAAUCUAAACCCAAAACAGAUAAACAGCUUAUCCAGUACACUGCCUUUCCACUUCUUGCAUUCCUUGAUGGGAACCCUGCUUCUGCUGUUGAACAGGGGAGCACAGCAUCCUCAGAAGUUCUGUCCUCUGUAGAUAAGCCCAUAGAAGUUGAUGAGCUUCUCAAUAGCAACCUGGACCCAGAACCGACCCAAAGUAAGCUUGUUCGCCUGGAGCCGUUGACUGAAGCCGAAGCUAGUGAAGCCACACUGUUCUAUUUAUGUGAACUGGCUCCUGCGCCUCUGGAUAGUGAAAUGCCACUUUUAGAUAGCUAAAUUCCCAAGAAGUGGACUCUACAUGUAUAUAUUCAUCAAAAUGAUGAACUAUUUAUUUUAAAGUAUUAUUUGGUACCCUUUUUUGUAAAUUUCUUUGUUUUGUUUUAAUUGGAUACUGUGGAAUCAAAAGCACCUUUUGCUUUUCUCACUAACCACACAGCCUUGCAAAGCUUUCAGAUAUUACUCAGCUCUAUAGGUACACAAGAUUUAAUGCACAUUACUGCAUAUCUUUAAGUUGGAUUCAGAUGGGCAUUUUUUUUCUGAUGGUAGUAAAUUUGAAUUAUUUUUUAUAUAUAUAUAUGCCCAUUAACCCAGGUUAAACUUUUGUUUGUUUUACUUGUUUGAUGCUGUCUGUUGGCAUUGAGUGUCAGUCACUAAAAUUAACGGUAGAACUAAAGCUUUCUCUGUUCCAAUUACUUUUACUAAGUAUUUUUCACUUGGCUUAUUUUUAAAACUGGGAACAUAAAGUGCCUGUAUCUUGUAAAACUUCAUUUGUCUCUCUUGGUUCAGAGAAGUUCAUUCAUGUUCUUCAGGAAAGGCAGUGUACAUGAGUGCUUGUGUCUGAUAUGGUUCCAGUUCUGUAUGCCUAGAAGAGGAUGGGAAGGUGUCAGCCCAAUCCACCUAGUUGGACUAGUUUUAAGUAAAAGUUUUUGGUUUGUUUUUUUGAACCAUAAUAUUUAGUAAAAUAAAUAUAAUGAAUGUUGCA